AUGGCAUUAAUGUCUGCUUGGUGUUUCGUGAGUAGGGAUGCAGUUGUUGGCACCAACCAAACUAAUGCCCAUCUAUGGCAAAAUGUUCUUGAUCAAUAUGAGGAAACAAGAAAAGAAAAUCCGGGAAUGGGCCAACAAAGAAGUUCGGAGUCAUUGAGACAACGCUACAAACGACUCAACACAAAUGUCACAAAGUGGGUUGGUGCAUACAAAAAAGCACAUGAUCGAGCUACGAGUGGCCAGUCUAAUGAUGACAUUGAGAAAACCGCUCAACAACUGUAUGGUAAGAGAAAAUUUACUCACCAUAAGGUGUUUGAGGAGGUGAUGAGAUACAAUCCCAAGUGGGAAUUGAAAUUGAAUAGCACCGGUUCAACGCGUUUCCAGCCAGAUGAAGAUAGUCUUGAAGAAAGUCGUGGGAGCUCAAAAAGGUCGAGGACUAGUGAGGAAGGAGGACCUCAAAUCGACUCCACUCCUGAGAGUCGUUCUUCAACAUUGCAACGUCCUACCGGAAGAGAUCAAGCUAAGGGUAAGGCUAAAAGAAAAGGCAAAGAAGUUGCAACGCCAUCGUAUACAAUCCCUAAUGAUUUCACUGCAGCACUGCGUGAAAUGAGAGUCACACGUGAAAGGGAAUGUGAUAUUCAGGAACGGAAGCUCAAGGCAGCUAGUGAUAUUCAGGAACGGAACAUCAAGGCAGCUAUCCUUACUCCGCUGAUGGCUAGGAGGGACUUAACUCCAGAAGAAGAAGAUCUGAAACGCAAUCUAAUAGCAGAAUUGUUUGGGAAGUGA